AUGUCGGUUCGCGUUGUCGCCAGAAUACGCCCUCUUCUCGAAAAAGAGCUGGACAAGGACGUCAUUGUCACGGCCGACAGAGCCCAGGAUGGCAAGCCCUUGACCAUUGUCAAGAUCCCGAGCCCCAAGAACGAGGCCGAAGAGUUCUCGUUCGCCUUCAACAGUGUCUACGACCAGGCCACCACCCAGGAGGAAUUGUUCACCGCUGAAGGCAUGUCCACCCGCUGGGCGUUGUUCCAGGGCUAUGAUGUGACAAUCUUUGCCUAUGGAGUGACGGGUACGGGCAAGACGCACACGAUGCGUGGUGGGCUUAAGCUGGCCGAGCGUGGUGUCAUCCCCCGGCUCUUGAGUAACGUCUUCCGUAGAGGCAAGAAACUGGCCAAGGACAGCAACGGGGAGACAACGGUGGAUGUGGCCUUGUCCUACUACGAAAUCUACAAUGACAAGGUGUUUGACUUGUUGGAGCCACCGGAGAAGCGGACCCCUUCUGGUCUUCCACUGCGCGAGAAGGACGGCAAGACAAUGGUGGUGGGUUUGUCGGAGCGAACGUGCGAGGACCUCAAGGAUUUUGAGAAGCUGUACAUUGAAGCCAACAACAACCGAGUGACGGCUGCCACCAAACUCAAUGCCCACAGCAGCAGAAGCCACGCCAUCUUGCGGGUCAAGGUGACACAAACGACGGGAGACAUGGUCCGGGAGAGCACGGCUUCUGCCAUUGACCUGGCCGGCUCGGAAGAUAACCGGCGGACGGACAAUGGCAAGGAAAGGCUGAUUGAGUCGGCCGCCAUCAACAAGUCGCUUUUCGUGCUGAGUCAGUGCAUCGAUGCUAUCUCGCGUGGCGACAAGCGCAUUCCAUAUCGGGAGUCCAAGAUGACACGGAUCUUGUCGCUCGGCCAGAACAACGGCAUCACCAUCAUGAUCCUCAAUCUGGCCCCCAUUCGCAGCUACCACCUCGACACGAUCAGCAGCUUAAACGUUAGUUCCCGGGCCAAGCGCAUCGAGGUUCGCGAAAUUGAGAAUGAGGUUGUGUUCAAGCAGCUACCGCGGAGCACUGUUGGGUUGGGUGGCCCCAAUGUCAUUCGUCAGCCUCUUCGGCCAUUGGCGAAUGCACACAAUGUUUCCACGGGUGCUGUUCUCGCGGCGAAAGCUGCUGAGAAGGCUGCCGAGAAAGCCGACAAGCCGACCAAGGCUUUUAUGGUUUAUACUGACAAGAAGCCUGCCGCUGCCCCAGCACGGCCCGUGCCUGCUGUAGCUAACACCUCCUCCAAGCUCCAGCCUCCAAUGGUGAUCACCAAACGGAUUUCGGAUGUCACGGAUUCGGCGCUCAGGCCAUCAAAGCUCGCCCGCCCUACCCAAAUCGGUCUUCCCCGCCCAGCAGUAGCUGCGCCGGCUAAGGAACAGCAACUAUCUAUCUCGGCAGCGCAGAUCGAAGCCAUGGUGGAGAAGAAGGUGGCCGAGAUUCUUGCCUCGCGCGCUGCCGAACUCACUCCCCCCGCGACGACCCCUGAGCCUGCCGCACAACCCAAGGAAGAGAUCAGCGAAGACGUGAAACGGCGGUUGGAAGCCUUGGAGAAGCGUAUCGAGAAGGAAUCAUCCCGAGAGGACGGGCGGUCGGAAGGUCUCCGCUUGUUGCUGCAGGCACGCCAAGCGAAGGAGAGAGGCGAAGAGGAGGAAACGCUGCGGCUGUACGAGAGCGCAUUGCCGUACUUCCCCGGACAGACAAAACUGUUGGCGAAGAUUGAAAAGCUGAAGAUCAAAUUGGGAAAGAUGGCGCCAGAGGAGCGGACAACACCCAGGAAGACCAAGAAGAUUCUGGUGCUGAGAGAUGAGGACGGAGAAUAUGAUGGGACAGAGGCCGAUGUCGAGGAUGAUGUUCCUCUCCGUCAGCGUAAGACGUCUAAGAAGAGGGUGUCCAAGGCAUCAGAUGGAGAAGAGAGCACGGGGCCAGCUUCGCCCAGGACACAGCAGCUGCUGGAUAUUGUCAACUCCAGAGAUUUGGCGCUUAUCAAGGGCCUGCAUGGGUUUGGGGCCAAGAAGGCGCAGGAUCUGGUUGAUGUCCUCAAUCUUAAGGGGGAUGGCACCGACGAGGUCAACAGGAUUGCGUCAUUGUCGCAGCUGAAAAUGCUGCCCGGCAUUGGCACCCGGACUGUGGAGAGGGCCUAUGAAGGGCUCACUCUGGAGGUGUAA